CCCAAUUACGGUCCAUUCUUCACACAGCUCUUUUGGUCCAGGGUGAAUUAACUACGUCAUGUUUGAAACCCUCGCUGCAGGAGAGACUAUCUUCAGCUAGCAGAGGUGAGCCAAGGAGCCAUUUAGAUCCUGUCUUAUUUGCAAACCUAUGGAGAGAGAUUUCCAAGAAGUUAUUUGAUCAUGGCUAUUUAAUGGUUUAAGAGUUUCAAGGUUAUAUGCUGUUACGCGAUUUCUUUUACCAGGAGCUAGACCAAUGCAUGCAUGCAUGCUUUUGCUGUGUAGCUAUUUGGGCUUGUCUGAACUCUGCAUAUAAUCUAGAAAGGGGAGUGCUCGUUGUAUUGUUCAAUAAAUAUUGGAAAGACUUAUUUGUUGGAUAUGUGGUAAUGUCCAGAACGCAAAUAUGUUGAAGUUAAAACACUUAUUGGACUCAGAUUUUGUAUAAAGAUUAUCGGCAUUGACAAAGUACCUAUUUAUUUGAGGGAAUCAAACGAUUAAUAAAUACUUUGCAAAUGGCACAGACUGCACCAAACCCCCUUUUGAGUGUGAAGGAGAUGCAAGGGAGAGGAAGGGGGAUGGUUGCAUCUCAGCCUCUUAAAGCUGGUCAAGUUGUUCUCAGAGAUUCUCCUAUCCUGCUGUAUUCUGCUUUGCCUUUGAUCCCACAGUCAUCAACCAUCUCCUCUUCCCCAGCCUUCUGUGACCACUGUUUCAGAACCCUACCAAGGCCAUCUUCAAUGGAAGGUCCUUCAUCAUCCUUGGUUUUGUGCCCUUCUUGUUGUCACCAUCGUUUUUGUAGCCCAAAAUGUCUAUCAAUUGCCCAAAAUACAUCACACACUUCUUGGGUAUGUCAAGCAUUAUCUCAUCUUCGAGUCAAUUCUGUACUGCUUGAACAGCCCCUUGAGUGUCAAGUCCAGGUGCAUUUUCUCAUUGCUGCCUACAAUCUGGCCAGUGUCUCCCUGUCAGGCUUUCAAACUCUGCUUGCUCUUCAUGGUUCUCCUGAUGAUACUACGAUUGCUUCAGCUCAGUUCCUACACACCCUUAUUUCAUCCCUCUUUCCGUUUGCUCCAACAAGUCAUCAGAAUUGGUUUUCCUUGGAACUCACUGCUGCCCUGUUGGCCAAGGAUAAGCUCAAUGCGUUUGGCUUGAUGCAACCAUUCUCUGAAGAUAAUGACCAGAGAUCAGUUAGAGCGUAUGGCAUCUACCCUUAUGCCUCCUUCUUUAACCAUGAUUGCCUUCCUAAUGCCUGCAGAUUUGAUUAUGUGGAUACUAGUGCAGCAGAUGAUAACCAUAACAUCGACAUUAUCAUUAGAAUGAUUCAUGAUGUUCCUGAAGGUAGGGAAAUCUGUUUGAGCUAUUUCCCUGUGAAUGAAAAUUAUUCUAGUCGGCAGAAGAGAUUGAUGGAAGACUACGGCUUCACCUGUAAGUGUGAUCGAUGUAAUAUUGAAGCAAAUUGGUCAGAUAACGACAUUGUUGAGGAUGAUACAGAGGAUAUUGAAGAGGCAAUGGAUGAGGACCAAUGUGAAGAUAUGGCAGCUUCUGACACUGAAAGUAAUCCCCAAGCAGAUAACAAUGAUUUCCCUCAUGCAUAUUUCUUCUUGAAAUUCAUGUGUGAUAGAAAGAAUUGCUGGGGUACUUUAGCUCCUUUACCCCCACAGGGUGAUACUCCAUCCAAUGUUAUGGAAUGUAAUGUCUGUGGCAACUUGAAGAGGGACAAUGUCCUUGAUGGUGAUGGAGGAGAAGAUGGAGUUUCCAUGGAGGACUGAGCAGCUGCGACCUCACUUUUACUACCUCUGCAUUCUUCUAAAUGGCUAGGUCGUUUCAGAGUUUUUCCCCCCUACAAAGAGGUUUUCUUUGAGAAUCCCUAUCCCAAUGAGAGCGGGAAGAGACCUUAAUUCUGUGGAUGGACUAGAAUUCGAUUUUAGAUGGCAUGCCGCCAUGAUAGUCCUUCCAUUUUCUGUCCUUCAUUCUAAGACGCAGCUUACCUAUGAUCAUCUCAAGCGCCUCUUCUCUCUCUCUCUCUCUAAGCAGUGCCCGCUUUUGCCCUGCAAGAUUGCAUCAUUUGGGUUGCAUAGUCAACAUUUUAUCUACAAAAGAAUGUACUGUAUGGGUUUUUUUUUUUUUGUGAAUGAAUGCAGAAAAUCUAGAUUGAUUAAAUGUGAUGUGAAAGGUUGGUCAUAUUUGCCGAUUUUAA